AUGGUGAAUACCUCCAAUUUCUCUGCAGAGGAAAUACAACGUCUGUAUAAACGGUUUAUGAAACUCGACAAGGACAAUUCUGGAUCUAUUGAUAAGGAUGAAUUUUUAUCCAUACCACAAAUUGCGAAUAAUCCGUUGGCAUCGCGCAUGAUUGCUAUUUUCGACGAAGACGGCGGUGGCGAUGUCGAUUUUCAUGAAUUUAUCAAAGGCUUGAGUGCAUUCAGUGCAAGGGGUAACAAGCGUGAGAAACUGGAAUUUGCCUUCAAAGUAUACGAUAUGGAUCGCGACGGUUUCAUCUCGAAUGGUGAACUUUUCCUUGUAUUGAAGAUGAUGGUCGGCAACAACCUUAAAGAUAACCAAUUGCAACAAAUUGUGGACAAAACAAUCAUGGAAGCUGACAAGGAUAUGGAUGGCAAGAUCAGCUUUGACGAAUUUUUAGUCAUGGUCGAAAAUACAGAUGUAGCGAAACAAAUGACGCUCGAAAGCUUCUAA